AUGCCGAACCAUCGUUUGUUGAAGAGUGCUGUUUUCCAUGCCCAACUCAGAGUGGCGGAAACAGAGAGGUGGCCAACCCUUGAAUUGGUAGAAGAGUAUGAAGGAAACCACGAAAUGUUUGGGUGCUGUCGAUGCUACUCGCUUACCAGAAUGCGGACCGCGUGUUCCUCACUGUGCCUGGUUGGAGACGCUGAAAGAUAUGUAUGCCUUUCGAUGUCAGUGGUGUUCUUUUUGUCAGUUUCUAUUCAGAUUGCUAGGAUGAUAACGCUCUCAAAUAAAUCCCGGUUGUACAGCAACGAAGCACCGGUGUUGAACGCUGACGUCAUGCUGUCGAUGAUGAUGAUGAUUCACCCUUUCGGUGCGCAGAUGCCAUAUCACACAAACGAAGUACAAGGGCUGAAAUACUACCAGGUUGCUCAAGUCUGGACAGGAGCAGUCGAAAUGCUGCGACUUCAUUACCCACCGUUUCGGGUAAUGGUCGAUCCGAAGGAACAAUCAUGCUUCUUAAAGGACCUGAAACCCAAUAUGAAGCGCGUCAAUUGUAUCUUCAUUGUUCUGGAAUUAGGAGCCGUCACUCGAACAAAAGAUGGUAAUGAAGUUCGCACUGUCAAGGUUGCCGAUCGAACCGGUACAAUCAAUCUUUCUGUUUGGAACGAAAACUGUUCACUUAUCGCACCGUGUGAUGUUAUCCAACUGAUGCAAGGAAACACAACAGUGCGAGGAGGUUGUCUCACACUGAAUGUUGGACGCUAUGGACAACUGCUGAAAAUGGGAGAAUUUUGUUUCCCAUUCACUGAGACACCCGAUCACAGUGCCUACAACGAAGAAUGGACGACGAAAUUGGUAAGCGUCACGACUUUGUCUUCAUCAUUCCAAGAUGCGGGGACGAUCAGACAAAUAUUUCGCCUUAUAACAGUUCAACUUCGGCGUCCACACGCUCAAAUACGUUUGGGGUCGUUAAAGCUGUUGUCCCACUUGUCCAGUCCCUCGUUCCUCCUUGCUCAUGCAUCUGACUCGGCUGAUCCAUCCGCUGUCCAAAAUUUGUGUACGAUGGUCCGGGAUCUGAUCCUCACUCAUCUACAGGACCUACAAACACAUUGCUUGGGAGCAGAUCCAGAAGCUCCUUCUCUGCCACCACCACACAGUGCAGCAAAGGAGAUGCAAGUUUUCGCAAUCAACCUGUUACUUGACUGGGAAGAACAGCUGCAGAACGGUCGGUUUCCUACACGCUACACCUCAGAUUUCGGUGUUCACACUCUUCCCGAUACACAAACACUAACAUGGAUUCCUUCCAGUGUGGCUCGUGGUCAGUUCAAAGGUCUCCUCAGGUACCUCCGAAGUGGCGAAGUGAACAAACCUUCCCGCACACCCACCGGCAGCUCCAGUCUGAUCGUGGUCAAAAAACUGUUUUUGGAGUUGGAUCGUAAGCGUUCUACAGAACGACAGCGGCUAUUGGCCUCCCAAGAAGCGGAAGCUGUGACAGCUCGUCGACACCUAAAGCGGUGCCUUACUCGUAUUUCCGCUCUUUCGGAUCAAGUCGAAGAAAAUCUCACUUCUCUCGCUUCGGUGCUAGAGUUGUUAGUCCCAGAUCCAUUUCAACAGUCCUGCGAAGAUGUCAACCGUAAUGAUGACAUUGGUGAACCAGAUCCCUCAGCCCCGGUUGCCUCCGUCGAAUACAACCGUGCCCAUGGCCGUCUUUUUGGAAGUUCGAGUGGUCUUGGUCUCGGUGCUGAAGGAAUCGAAAUCCGACUUCCGUGUGUCCCAGGAUCUGGCGGACAAAUUCGUGUCCCUAUCAUCCGAGACGAUGGCACUCGGGUUCUGGAGGAAUCGGCUCAAGAGCACGCGAAAUUGGCCAGAGAAAAGCAUGAACCUCUUCUUUAUUCCUGGUUGCAGACCCUCGAGAGUGCGGAGUCCACGCCAAUAGACCAAACGUUGCGCAUUCAGUGUGCAACAUAUACGGCUCGUGUGCAAAACUGGCUCUCGCGUCUGAAAAAAUUGACGCAUUUGUUCUACGAUCGAAUCGUGUUUGUCAACUCGGAAACAGAUCCCCAUCAAACAGGACCUUCUCAUGACGAUCGGGGUGACUCAGUUGAUUCCAGUGAUACGAGUGACUUCGAAGAAGUCGAACCGGUUACAGUUACCCCGGAACCUGCCAGUGCUAUUACUGUGGUCGACAAGGACAUCUCUUGUGCUUCCAAAUUUGACCAGCCGGAACUUGUCGAUUCGACGACAUUAGACGUUCUCCAAGAAAAGCCACACAAACAGGCUGAUCUGUCAGAGAGAGAAAACAACACACGAUGCUCAUCUGAAACUGCAAUUCCUCCCAAAAUUGGGACGCUCCCCUCUUAUUCAUCCGUUUCUAUCGACUUACCUUCCAAAUCCACCGUGGUAUGGCGCGCAAACGAGUCUUUACAUCGCUUUUGGCGUCCAAUUCAUCCGGAUGAAUAUGAAGCACCGCCCGAAUAUAUGGCGCAGGCAAUUAGUGCGUCCAAUUCACUGGACCCGCUGCCAAACGAAUCGACAGACACAGUUGUCGAUUCCACCGAUCCCUUACCAGACACCGCAGAAACUGAGGCUACUGAUCGCGCGACUCAUUCGGUGGUUCAGAAUACCUUGGCCUGUUGGGCUCCGCUACUGUCCGGUAAGCUCUGUCCACGUCGCGAUCUCAGUGGGCGUUGUCCCAUACAUGGUCGUAUCGUUAAACGGGACUCGGUAGACGGGCGACCAGUCGAUCCAAAAGAUAGAGAAUCCCUUCAUGCGGAAGCUGCUGAAGCUCGACAAGCCCGAGUUCAUGCUCGCGUGGUCGCAGCCAAAAGCCAGGCACGACGAAGGUACCCAGGACUGGUGAACCUGAAUAAAAGACCAGAUACGACCUACGCGCGUUUGAAAUCCCGAGUUCUCAACAAAAAAGCACUCCAUAGGGUUGUUGAUACGCUGGAGGCAGAGGAUCAGCAGAGCAUUGCUAAUCGCUUCUCGGACAACUUCGUUCACGCCGUGAACCCAAAGUGAAAACCCACGGAGGAUUCGCCGACCCAUGACAAAAUGGCAGUGCGAAAGACCGUAUAAACUCGACCGUGGCAACCAGGGCAUCUUCAACAUGGUUGGAUACCGAACCCGACAGAAAAGCAUUCAAGGCCCAAAAAAUUUUGUUUGUGAAUUGCUCCACAUGUCUGCAAACAGAGGUAGCUCUAAAAAUGAAGUGAUUUGUUUUUCAAAUUUAACCGCGCUUUAUCUGUCUCAUGACUUUAUAGAGAUAACGCAGAAUGAUACUGUAGAACAAGUGCAUUACGUAGCUAGUUAAGCAGGAUCACAUUGCACAAAUGAUUGGUAGUUUGGGCCACCUACCACGUGUAGCAGAAACAAACGAUGUGGAAGGAGGAUUGUACUACUAUCACAUUUAACCAAACCUGCCGGUUGUAGAACAAAAUCAGAAUCUCCCUCUCAAAGGAUUGGGCGAAAAUACCGAAUCGGUGACGGAAAUAGUAAAAAUAAUGUGAACAGCAGCAGGUGUGUGAGAGAGCUCUUUGAGACCAAGAGUGCGGUGUUACUUAAACCGGUUGCUUCUAGUCCAGACGUAUUGGUGGUGGUUGUUCGGGUAUCAGUGAGGUGAGCAACGAGGAGACGAACUGAUAGGAGGUAUUGGCAACCAGACGCAGGGUGCCUGUAAGUCGGACGAACGGAGGUUGUCGGUCAGCCUGCACAGGUUCAGUGUUACCAGCUGGUGCCGAUUGGUUUUCACUUGUUAUGGGUCGUAGUCGAACUUGCUGAUCAGCAUCCGUAGUGUCCCCAACUCCAGAGUCCUGUUGGUU